CAGCGCCUGGGGGGGGGGGGGGGUCUGCACUCUGCAUUACUUGCUCUACCUCAUCCAUCAGAAUAAACCAAAUGCAGCACAGAGGAGUGUAUCACCAGGAAAAAAGCUCUGGCAUUAUUCCAAACUGAACUGCUUGUUUUUCCCAGCUGACUGAGACACACAGACUCAUCUGUCUGCACCACUGACCCAGAGACAGACACAGAGAGGGGGGGGGGUUAACAUGGUUCAGGUGCAACACAGUGUCCCAGCAGGCUGCUCCAUCCUCUCCCUCCUCUGUACCGAGCUGUGGCUAUUAAACAAAGUCAGACAGGAUAGUGAAUGCAGGAUUACUAAAGCCUGUAACUUGAUCUCUCCUCUCAGUUGGCUACUUUGCUCGGAGACUCCCCUUCCUUUCUAGAUGACUGUUUACAAUCCUUUUUCCCGCCGGAAGACAUGAAGGCUGUACUUGAACACCACAGAAACCUUGGGCAUUUUGGAGAGAAAGAUCCUAGAUUAUUACCAAUGGAUGACUGCAUCCUCUCCUCCCUGUCUCUGCCUCCUGGGUCCAAACAUGUCAUGAACACCACCUCGCCUGCUCACAGGGAUUUACACUUCUCAGAGAGCAAAGGACGUUUUGACGCUCUCUUGAACACCAGCAGCCUGGAGAGGGCGAGCAGGAGGAGCUCUGAGACGGUGAGACAGAGCCUGAAGGACACCCGGCAGGUCAGAGGAGGGAGCGUCUCUCAGGAGAGGAAGCUGCAGAGCUCCGUCAGUGCUGACACCAUCGACCUCACUGUGUCCGGGGAGACCGCGGCCAUAGACCCAGCAGCCAAUGACAACAGCCAAAGUUUGCGAGGAGGGCGGGUUCUCAGGAAGAGGAAGCUGAGCGGAGGCGGGGACAUUCCCACUAAACAGCUAGCAGCGGCUUUCCUAAAUUCAUCAGUGGAAGGCGGGAAUUCGGAUGAAUCUCCUCUAAUCUCGAUAUGGGGAAAAUACACAGACUCUCUGGAAGAGUCUCUCCCAGCUGUGACGGACUCAAAGGUUCCCUGGUCGGACGAGGAGACGCUCAAUCUGCUGGACAUCUGGGGGAAUGACUCUGUGCAGCGGGCUCUAAAGGGCUGCUCCAAAAACCGUCACAUUUUUACUCAGAUCGCUCAGAAGAUAGCAGAGAGAGGGUACUCAAGAACCGUGGAACAGUGCCAGACCAGGAUUAAAAGACUGAAGAAGAGCUUCCGCAGAGGGAGCUCCAAGCUGGAGAAUAAAUUUUACGAGCAGCUGAAGAGAGUCCUGGGCUCCUCAGGCCCCUCAGCUGUCCCUCAGGUCACCUAUGAUGUGGAAGAGGUCAUCGAUGAAGACGAGUCCCGAGACGGAGAGGAUGACCUUCAAUUCCUCGGCCAUACGAACCAACCAGAAAUAGUCAAUCAUAUUUCUGAAGGAACGAGAAGCGUUCCAUGGACGGACGCUGAGACGCUGGGUCUCAUCACCAUGUGGGGCGAGGAGCAGGUGCAGCAGGAGCUGAGGGGGACGCACCGGACCGGACACAUGUUCCCCACCAUAUCAAACAAGAUGGCCGCCCAGGGCUUCUCCCGAACACCGGAACAGUGCCAGAGGAGGCUGAAGAGGCUGAAAGCAAAUUUCAGGCAAUGCUACCAAAACAACCUGGAAGGACAGGAGCAAGUUCCCUUCAAGUUUUACAGUGAACUGGGGAGGAUCUUAAUGAAGGACUUCCCUUCAGUGCCACAGCCGGAGGAAACAGCAGGAGAGCCUGAACACGACGACUUCCCCUCAUUCUCCCAUCAGGACAUCGAGUCUGUUGUGGGCGCUCAGGAGGACAGGAGGAAAGUGCCCUGGUCGGACAAAGAGACCAUCAUCCUUCUGGAGAUCUGGGGAGACCCACAGGUCCAGCAGAGCAUGAGACGCUACCCACACAACGGUCACAUUUUCACGGAAAUAUCUGAGAAACUCGCGGCUAACGGCUACUCCCGCAGCGCAGGCCAGUGCCACACCAGGAUCAAACGGCUGAAAGCUAACUACAGGCAGUGUCAGGAGAACAUGAGCUCAUCUGGGACUGACAAAAUUGACUUCAAGUUUUACGAUCUGCUGGAACAAAUCUUGGAGAAGCAGCCGUCCACAUCCUCCACCGUGGUAACAGACUCCAUCGAAAUAUCUGAAGACUCUAAUGUGGAAUCGGUGACCGAAACAGAUGGAGAAGCCAGCAUGUCGACAGAGAAAGCUCCACCCAGCUUGUGGUCCGACGAGGAGACGCUGGCUCUGAUCGAGGUCUGGGGCGACGAAGACGUCCAGAGAGCGCUGAGGGGAUUCAUCCACAACGGACACGUCUACGCCGACAUUUCGGAGAGAAUGCGCGACCUCGGCUACUCCAAGAGCUCGGACCAGUGCCGCUGGAAAGUCAAGUCACUGAGGAACAACUUCCGACAGUGCUGCGAGAGGAAACAGUGUGGAAGAAGAAUAGAUUAUAGAUUCUACCCACAGCUUGAAGAAAUCCUCGGACAGGAAGCAGGUCCUGUUGAUGAGUAUGAGGAAAAAGAGGAACAAGCAGACCAGGAUCCAGGUCAAGAUGGAGUAACCACAGCGUGGACGGAGCAGGAGACGGUGGCCCUCGUGGAGGUGUGGGCGGCAGACGACGUGCAGCACGGCCUGAAGACCUGCGUCCGCAACGGGCACAUAUUCGCUGACAUAUCGGAAAGAAUGACCGCCGUGGGAUGGCCGAGGACGGCGGAGCAGUGCCACUCCCGGAUCAAGAGGUUGAAGAAGAGCUACAGGCGGUACUGCAACAGCUGGAGAAGUGGAGCACGCACCACUGUGUUCCGAUACUUCCACCUCCUGGCUCCGGUGCUCGGUGAUGACUCGGUGAAUGCUGAUGUGGACAGUACUGCUGCUGACACCACCUUACAACCUCUUACAGACAAUGAUUCGGACAUGGUGGAGCAGCCAUCCUCCAGCCAGCUCCUGGACCUGAGCAGGAAGACGCCCUGGUCGGACCAGGAGACCCGCACCCUGCUGGAGAUCUGGGGGGAGGACAACGUUCAGCUCACCCUGAGGGGCUGCCUGAAGAACCGCCACGUGUUCGACUACAUCUCUGAGAAGAUGGGCGACGGAGGAUACAUAAGGUCCUCAGAGCAGUGCUACACCCGCAUCAAGCGCCUUAAAUACGGCUUCCUGCAUGAAAAAGAGGAUUAUAAAUUCUACAGUGAGAUGGAUGAAAUCUUCAGGAGAGAGCUGAAAGUGGACGACUCAGUCGCAGACACACAGGACACAGAGGAGCCGGAGGACUGCACUCAAAAGAAAGCGGCCUCAGGUGCUCAGUGGGUGGCCGACAGCUCCAAGCUGCCCUGGAGCGACGGAGAGACGGAGGCUCUGCUGGACCUGUGGGGCAGCGAGGAGGUGCAGGAGACCCUGAAGGGCUGCACUAAGAACAAACACAUCUUCAUCCAGAUCUCUGAGGUCAUGGUCAGCCAGGGCUACAUGCGCACCCCCGAACAGUGUCAGACCAGAAUAAAGAGGCUGAGGGCCAACUUCAGACACUUCCUAGAGGGCAGAAAAGGGGAAAAACAGGAGUGCAAGUUUUUUGAGCAGCUGGUGCAGAUAUUUGGAAGCAAAUAUGUAUCGAACUCUGACCCCCUGACCGAGGACGCAGCCGAGGACGUAGAGACCUGAAACUGUCUGUAAUCUUGAAAUGAAAUAAUGAGGAAGAAGCCGCUGCAGACUGAGGAACAUCCAGAAGUGAAGGGGACACUGGAGCAGAAGCUGGUGGUGUGCCGCUGUGCACAGAUGACGUCUGCCUGUGUACACACUUCAAAUACUUUUACAUUCUUCAUGCACACAGUGUGUGUGUGUGUGUGUGUGUGUGUGUGUGUGUGUGUGUGUGUGUGUGUGUGUGUGUGUGUGUGUG